AUGGCAACACCAAAGCAACGAAAACUGGAAUUACCACAAACAUGUAACCAAAACAGAAAUCACGCAAAUAAUGACGAAAGUCCAAAAUCUCCACAUUCAAACAACAACACCACAAUAGUGGCUCCACUAACUUCACUAUCUGGAAACAAACCUAUAAAGUAA